AUGCUGGAGAGCGACGAUCCCUUCAACAUACGGCGUUUUGCGGAUCAGCAGAGGAAGCAUUUUGACACGGCCUUGCAAGAGGUUCGGAAUGGGCAGAAGAAGACUCAUUGGAUUUGGUACAUCUUCCCCACACCACCCUAUGUUCGCAACGGAGAAGAGUCCGGAAGUCCCACAAACAAAUUCUAUGCGAUCCGGUCAGACGAAGAAGCAUCUGCGUUCCUAAGUUUUGACGAGGAUGGAAUUUGCUUGCGGAAGAACUACGUAGAGAUGGUCCAGGCUGUCCUCCAGCAGCUGCGUAUGGGCACCGUAGCCUUGGAUCUGAUGGGUGAAGCCGAUGAACCGAAGCUCCGGAAGUCUUUGCAAUUCUUUUACGGAGUGGCAAAGCAAAGAAAAGACCGAGAGCUGCAAGAGGCCUGUGAAGAAGCUUUGCUGCUCAUGGGCAACAAGGGAGAUAUAGCAGAAUGGCACUAUGAAGUGACCAGAAAACGAGUAGCCAGGGAAAGGCCUGGAGGCGACAUGACGCAGCUCGCUGAUGCUGAUGACAUCAGCACCUUGGGGGAAAACGAUGAGGAGCAGACCAACACACAGCUUCGCUUGGCAAUUCCAGAAGCUGAUGAUCCGGGAGUUGCACGACCCGCUCGGAAUGCUCGGGUUGAGGGCAGUAUUGUGCUUCACGACCUCCCUGAUGAUCUUGGAGCUGCACGAUCCGCUCGGCCCGCUCGAGUUGAGGGCACUAUCAUCAUUCAAGAGGAGCAGCCAAGAAAGCUGUCCAGGACUGGAUGUGGUGCAGAUGGGAACUUGAGUUCGCUGGGUGCUGGGUCCUACUGCCGCAUCUGUGACCGAGCCUCCAGAGGUUGUGCUGCCAUGUCCUUCCUCUCCAUUGCUACAGGACUGGUCAAUGCAUGGACUGACAUUCAGCGCAUGCGUCGACAGAAUGACCACAAUUGCAUCAAAGUUGUGGCCCUCGUUACAAACUGUCUCGGGGCAUUCGCUCUUAUGCUGGCCGUCAGCAUUUUUCAUGGGCUUUGCGUCUCCGAGUUUCCGUUGGAAGACGCAGACAAAACAUUCAAGAUCAAUUUAUCUCUUGGGACUGGCGGAGCUCUUGUAGCCAGUGCGAGCACCAUCAAUGCGUUGAAUGUUGUGAUCCACUGGCUGGUUCCCGUCCCGGAAGCACGCUGGAAGACGACGGGGCCUGUGGAAGAAGAUCCUGCGCCUGGCGAAUGGCCGUCUGUUGCUUGA